AUGGACGAUUGGGGAUGUAUGGCUGAAGAAGAUUUAUUUUUUUCUGCCGGUGGGGCUAAAUCAUUAGAAGAGCUUGUAGAGUCGUUAGUAUCAAAAUCAGAUUCAGCAGAAGAUCUCAACCAACCGCGGGUUUUUGCGCUUGCUAAUGGUGUCUCAGAAAACGUUGAGGUGGUAUCCUACGCUCGGGACCGACCAACCAAUGGGUUUGCACCAAAAAUACUGAAAAAACAAACGGGCCUAUUUGCAAACAACAUUCAGCGCCCAAAUCUCAAACGUGUGACAUUUGAGGUGGAGAAGUUUGCAGCCGAUGAGUGCAGUGACAGUUCAGAACGGGAAAAUGCACGAACAAGGCUUGCUGUUAAGCUUGGUGCUAAGCCACUCAAGAAACCGUACGUGAACUAUAAAAACCUGAAAGCCGAAAUUGCGGCUAAAAAAUUAAGUUCACCACAAAACGAAAAACAUUCAGCUUUGCUGGCACUGAAGACUCCAGCGCUUAAAAAGAAGGGUUUAAAAGCAAAAAAAAGUAGAAAAUAGAGUUCUCACAUUAAAAGCAUGCAAUCUUCUGCAAAACUUCUGUUAGCUAAACUUUUGUGUUUAGCGAUUGCUAUUGGGGUGGUCUGCAUCGUCAAUAUCGGUGACAACCGUACCGGUACAACACUGUAUCAGUCGGUGUAA